AAACACUUGUAUCUCGAAGCCCAAGAUCCCGAUGUCCGAUGUGUUCAGUCGUUCGAAGGUCUUCUAGUUAAUAAAUUCCUUGCACAACAAAAUGAUGACCUGGAAUGCAUCCCGCCACUGGAAGCUCUAUUGCCCAGUGCAGCCCGUGUUCACGAUUAUCCGAAGAUUGACAAACUAUCUGUAAAAUUCGAUAUUGCCAAGAUGAAACAGGAUAUGAAAAGCAAAAUCUGGCAGAAGAUGAUUGCAUCAAGUACAACCACAGAAGCAGAUCCAGUUGCCUAUAACGAAAACAGCAUUCACAAAUUUCUAUUUGGUCCCAACAUCGAAGAUAGGAAACUUUUAAAUCAGCAAUAUACCAAAGUACCUGAACCAAUAAAGAAGUUAAGCAUUAAUACCAUGGACAUUGAACACAAUAAUAACCAAUAUAAAGACAUGUAUGCCGAUGGUGGUCUUUUACGGGCGGAAACUUUUCAUAAUAAAGUGGCCGUACAUAUGCCGCCUCGCGAGCUCCAUUACCCGGGACAUUGUAGGCUGAGGGAAACUAAGGAUAUGAUGCAGACAGCCCUCAACGCCUUUGCUAUUUUCCUUUACUGCAGUGCAAAAGACAUAGAGAAACUACCAGCGUUCUAUGUGCUCAGAUCUGCUCGAACUAUAGCCAUGAUGAAAUUAGCCAAGGAGAAGCUGGCGGCUACGUGGAAGGUAGUGAAGGGUGAUCGCAAGACGAUAGAGAUCCCGCAUUCGACCCUGGAGAGGUACAGACCUCUAUUCAAGUAUCUCGAUGGCCGGGAAAUGGCUCGUCUUAAUCUGAGUGACCCUAGAAUACUAACGUUUAUUGGGACGCAUGCCGAACUUUCUAGACAUCAAGUGGGUAUAAUAGCGAGCCAGUAUGUAAAAAUUACUCCCAAUUGGUUGGAAGCUAAAAAUCUUAAUUUGAUGAAUAACCUGCUUUGCGGUAUGCCUAUGAAUUUAAUGCGUAAGGCUUCUAGUAAUGUGUAUUUGCAGCUCACACAACACCUAUUUUAUCACAUUCGAGCUUGUGAUUCUUUGCAACGUAGCUUUUACUUGAAUUUGAUGACAAAAACUGAGGCUUUAGGUCGGUCGUACAGCUGGAGCUCUCGCGACGUGGCCCGGCUGGGGCUACUGUUGGCGGAGCUUCAGGGACCGGACUUCGCUGCCAUCAACCCCAAAGCCAUGUCUGGGAUAACUGCCCAAGUAAUGCUUAAGAUCCCUCCUGAAGUUCUUCAAUACGUGACGGAGACUCAACUGCGCUAUUUGGCUGUUAAGCCUUUGAAUAUCCUCGCACGGAAACUAAAGGUCUUCCAAGACAAGCAGAUGACAUUCGGUUUAUCUAGUGACGAUCAUGCAGUGGUGUCAACUUGCGAUUUGAUUUUAAUAUUUCUAGCUUAUUUAUUGUUAAUAAACAACCCUGGUGUAAAUUAUGUAUAA